AUGUCGGACAAUCGAACAGCACGUAUCGAGGAAUAUUUACCAACGCAAGGUUUACUCUAUUUCGAUGAACAACUCAAAUAUGUUGUAUCAAAACCAAAAAUUAUGCCGCUAAAAUCGUUAACAUUAGAAAAAUUAGAAACAUUGCAAAAUGAUGCACAAGAAAAAUUGAAACAACAAGAAAAACUUGGAGUAAAUUUUCAAUCGACUGAAUGA